CACGCAGGACAACGGCAGCCGCACAUCUGAUUCGUUCCUGCGCACAUCAGUGUACAGACACGGAACGCGACUGCCCUCGCCGCGACCAACGAAUCUCACCGGGGCGGGAUUCUCCCGCCGUUAUGACGCCAGCUCUGCAGUGUCACGCGCAGCCGCGCACACGCUGAAAUGCGAGACGCGCCUCGUCACAUUAAGUAAAAGCUGCUGUUGAACUGAAGGCACCAUGGCCACACCAACGUCUCUUGAUCCAGAUUUGGUUCGGGAGGUGCUGGAAUGCCCCAUUUGCUUGGAGACGUACAACCAGGAUCAGCUUCGACCCAAACUGCUGCAGUGCGGUCACUCAGUUUGUCGUCAGUGCCUUGAGAAACUCCUCGCCAGCACGAUAAAUGGCGUUCGCUGCCCCUUCUGCAGCAAGGUUUCUCGUAUGAGCAGUAUUUCCCAGCUGGCUGACAAUCUCACUGUGUUGAAGAUCAUUGACUGUGCUAGUUCAUACGGCUCUACAAUGGGUCUCAUGUGCAAGUCUUGUAAAAAACGCCUGCCACGGCAGUACUGCAGUGACUGCAGCAUUGUGUUGUGUGAUAUUUGUAAAAACGAUGGCCACCAGUGUCAGGGUCAUGUUGUACAGGCCAUUCGCGUGGCUGCUGAACAGCGCCGGAAGGACAUCAGUGGGAAGCUUUCUAACAUGCGGGAGGCAAUGGGAAAUAUUCAGAAGAAGAAGGCAGUUAUUGACAAUGUGACAAAAUCAAUCAAACUGAAGUAUAAGGCUGUACAGCAGGAAUAUGCCAAGGCUGAGUUGCAGCUCCAAGAGGAACUUGGCCGCUCGCGCCGUGCCUUUGCCACCUCCUUGGCUGAAAUAGAGAAACUCAAUGCCCAGAUACUGGAGGAGCAGACGUACCUGCUCAAUAUUGCUGAAGUGCAGGUGGUGUCAAGGUGUGACUAUCUAACCAUGAGGAUCAGGCAGACGGAUAUUGCUCUACUGGAAGAAGCGAGCAACCAUGAAGAAGAAGAGUUGGACUUAAAAACUAACUUGAAUGUCAUUCUGAAACUACAAGAACCUGAAUUUGUUCAAAUGGAGUGCUCGAAACCCCUGGACGUGGGGCAGCUGACCACAAAACCCUGCAUUGUCAAUGCAGAGGAAAAAGCUGGACUUGAUUUCACCACUUCGACUGCCACCCUAGUUGACAUUUACCGUGAUAUUGACAUGGAUACAGCAGUUGAUGAAGCUGUUUGCGCUUCUCCCGGUAGCUUCAAGUCCAAGUCUGUUGACGGUGGUGGACCUUCUCCAGGAGCUUCUGGUGGGCAACUCUGUCAAUUUGUGAAAAAGAUGGGCUGCAAGGGCAAUCUGCCGGGCAUGUUCAAUUUGCCAGUAAGCAUUUGCGUCACGCCACAGGGUGAGGUGCUUGUGGCCGACCGAGGAAACUACCGCAUCCAGAUCUUCAACCGCAAGGGCUUCCAAAGGGAGAUACGGCGCAACCCAAGCAGCAUCGACAACUUCGUCUUGAGCUUCCUAGGUGCCGACCUGCCCAACCUCAUCCCACUUUCCAUUGCAAUCACUGCUCAGGGCCUCAUAGGUGUCACUGACAACUAUGAUAACUCCGUGAAGGUUUAUACCACCGAUGGCCACUGCAUCGCCUGUCACAAGAACCAGCUCAUCAAGCCAUGGGGAAUCGCGGCCAUGCCUUCAGGCCAGUUCGUUGUGUCAGAUGUAGAGGGGGGAAAGCUGUGGUGCCUAGCCGUGGAUCGUAACGUAGGUAUUGUGAAUUACAACCGCUUAUGUUCGGCCCUCAGGCCCAAAUUUGUAACUUGCGACUCCUCAGGUACAGUCUACUUCACACAGGGUUUGGGUCUAAACAUAGAGAAUAGACACAAUGAACACCACCUUGAGGGGGGUUUUUCAAUUGGGUCGGUGGGAAUGGAUGGCCAGCUGGGAAAGCAACUCAGCCACUUCUUCUCAGAGAAUGAGGACUUCCGAUGCAUUACCGGCAUGUGUGUGGACUCUAAUGGAGACUUGAUCGUGACAGACAGUGGCCGUAAGGAGAUACUACAAUUCCCUAAAGAAGGUGGCUAUAAUAUUCUCAUUCAGGAGGGGUUAACAUGCCCUGUAGGGGUUGCAGUUACACAGAAGGGACAACUGCUUGUCUUAGAUUGCUGGGACCACUGUGUGAAGGUCUACACUUACUUGCAAAGGAGACGUUCCUCUACAUGUUAAGAUUGCUGUGUGGACAAUAUAGAAGACUUGUCACUUUUAUUCAAUGGCUUCAUUAUAAAUGUGUUUGCUUCUCAGUGAUUUCUGACCUAUGCCUUGCAGUGGCCAGGAUCAGGCAGCUAAGCUGCAACCAUUCACCACUGCCAUGAAGCAACUGGAUGAUGACUUAUGGGUAUUAUUAUGAAUGCUUUGGGCAAAUGGAUUUUAAAAUUUAGCACAACUGAUGGCAAUAACUGAAAAUUUUGUUCUUUAUGUGUGCAAAUAAGUUUUUUUUCCCUCUGUGAUGCUGUACAGACAUUAAGAUGGUGGAGUUACUGAGAAGGUAAUUUUUUUUAUAGUUGUGUCAUAAAUAAUAUUAAAGGAAUAUUCUUGUUUUGAUUCAAGUAAGGCUCAAUCAAAAGGAUUUAUGGUCUAAUGUUGAUAAUCACUAAUGUGUUGACUUAUUUAUUUUUGGUGGUAACCAACAUAAUGCUGCAAGUCCUGCUGAUUGAGCUUAACUUGUACUGAACCCAAAAUAUUUCUUGAACAGGAAGGAUUUACAUGGAAAAUGUGAAACAUGCUGACUCUGAACACUUCUGUGUGUGUCAUGUUCAUGUGUGGUUGUUGUAAUGACUUCCCAAAAUGCCCUUACUAUUAAAGUGCCCCUCCAUACCUGAAGCCUCUGUCUGUAAAAGAUUAAAAGAUUUAUUUAACAAUACAAAUCUUCUGUAUAAUAAAAUACUGUUAGACUAAAGUACAAUACAGUUGAAAAAUGUUAUUGUUACUACAGAGUUGUCUAAUACUGCUUAUUGUUUACUUGAAUUGGUUUGUAGUGUACUCCAGUUUGUGAUAGCAUUACUCUGUUGCAGGAACCAAAGGCCUGUUAAAUUCAGGAGAUAUUUACUAGCCUGUCAUCAGAGUAACUGCAAUAGUUCAACUGAAGCAGGGAAAUGACUCCACAGUUUACAUGCUGUAUUACACUGUAUAUUAAAUUAUGUUUUGCAUUGAA